GUGAAUCAGGGGAACAUGCCAGGCAUCCAGAGCACCUUCCUGGCCAUGGACACAGAGGAGGGCGUGGAGGUGGUGUGGAACGAGCUGCUCUUCACUGACAAGAAGGCCUUUAAAGCACACGAGGAGAAGAUCAAGACCAUGUUUGAGCAGCUGGUGCUUGUGGAUCACCCCAACAUUGUAAAGCUUCACAAAUACUGGCUGGACGUGAAGGACUCGAAGGCGCGGGUCAUCUUCAUCACGGAGUACGUGUCCUCAGGGAGCCUGAAGCAGUUCCUGAAGAAAACAAAGAAAAACCACAAGGCCAUGAACGCCAGGGUAGGUUCCUGGGAGCCGUGCAGGGUGUCCCGG